GAUUUAGGAGCUGCCUGAACACCCUUGUAGGUUGCAGAGUGUGUGGACUGGAGACGCAUCACUGUUACGGGACAUAUCUACUGACUGAGCAGAUCAGGCAAGCAUCCGAGGAGGGAGAGAAGAGUUCAGAUCUUCUAUCAGAAAACAGAUCAGUCUUUUCGACUAGCUGUCCGGAAGAUUGUGUUUUUUUUUAAAACAACAUUAUUGCUUCUGUACCGUUGAAGGAAAUAAUUUACAAAUAUUCUGAAAUAGAGACGUUCUAAGUCAACCACAGCUGUUACACCACACCUAUUUCCUGGGAGGAGUUACAGACCCGUAAGGCUUUAUAAAGUCUCAACUUCUUGCCCACAACAGUUUCGAGUCCCCGGCACCAGUCUGUGACCUCUCGGGUGUGUGUGUGUGUGUGUGUUUUUUAAACUAACAAAACGCCGAGGCAACAUUGAAAGAAGGUAGAAAAGAAAGUAUCCCUUUUUUUGUAUAUCUCAAGUGCGUCUCAAAGUAAAUCAAAACAGCAACAAAGUUGCAUUUGCCUGAAUUGCUUGGGAUGAGAUCGGAAGGUACUGGUUAUAAGCCAUCUUUAUUUCAGCGAGUUUGAAGCCUGUUCCUCAUUUCAUCCUGGAAGCAAUUAAUGAAGAUCUGAUUUGCUGCUCUAGUUUGAACUUGUUUUUGGACUGCAUCAAUUAUUUCUUUCCCCUUGAACUGCCGUUAUAAACGUAACUGGUCAAUUCUGAGCAAGCCCCAAGGUUUCACUGAGAAAUUAUAUUUGUUCAUAAAACUAUAGGAAGUUUGACACUUUCUGCUGCCAAGUUCAACGGAUGAGCUCCAGAACAAAAAGGAUGCAGCUCCGGGUUCUUCUCAACCUGCUCCUUCUGUGGGACAUUCUGCCCGUCGCGCUCUCCCUCUCCACUUGCAAGACCAUCGACAUAGAGCAGAUCCGGAAGAAGAGAAUCGAAGCUAUCCGGGGCCAGAUCCUCAGCAAACUCAAAAUGUCCAGUCCUCCCAAGGCCGAGCAAGUGACAGUGACCAACGAGGUCAUGGUUCUGUACAACAGCACCAAGGAGCUCCUGGGUGACCUGGUCAAGGAGCAGCAGCAGGUAACCACUGCGACUCAGUCAGACUAUUAUGCCAAAGAGGUGCACCGCUUUGACACUUUGGAGGUCAACUCAGGAAGCCGAGGAGGUCAAGAUGCUGACUCUUUUCACAAAAUCUACCAGUUCAACAUUUCGUUGAAUAUUUCCAGUGAAUACUCCCUGCACCGAGCUGAGUUCCGACUGUAUCGAAUGCCCCGGGAUGUAGCAGAUGUUUCAGAACAGCGGGUGGAACUUUAUCAGGUUGAUUCACAUACCAACACAUAUCUAGACAACCGCCUGCUGAAAACCAAGGGGGAAGAAGAGUGGAUCUCAUUUGAUGUAACAGAGACAGUGAAAAAGUGGCUGUUGAAUAAAGAGACUGACCAAAGAUUGAAGAUCAGCGUCCACUGCUCCUGUGAGUCUUCCAACCUGAAGAAAAGCCUUCAAUUGAAAUUCUACGAGUCACCAAGGGGGGACUUGCAGGCCCUGGCAAAGCGGAACCGGAAGAUGGCACACAUCCUUAUCAUGUCCACCCCUUCGACCAGGGCUGACACUCACAGUAGAAGAAAACGGGACCUUGACACAGACUACUGCUUCGCGUCUGCUGAGGAGAAGAACUGCUGUGUACGGCGCAUGUAUAUUGAUUUCCGAAAGGAUCUCAACUGGAAGUGGAUCCAUGAGCCUAAAGGCUAUUAUGCAAACUUCUGCAUGGGACCCUGUCCAUACAUAUGGAGCUCAGACACCCAGUACAGCACUGUCUUGGCUCUGUACAACUUGCACAACCCUGGAGGCUCCGCAUCUCCUUGCUGUGUCCCCCACGUCCUGGAACCUCUGCCUAUUCUCUACUAUGUGGGUCGGCAGCCCAAAGUGGAGAAACUCUCCAACAUGGUUGUGAAGUCAUGCAAGUGCAGUUGAAGGUCCAGCCGAGCAAAGAGGGUCCAGUGCCAGCAAAAUCUAGAGCCAAAGUCGAACCAACUCAUAAGCCUCCAGGUGGAUUACAUCUGCACGAACAUAUUCAGCACACGUCAAAUUGUGAAAAUAGAGGCUUUCUGUUUGUCUUUUUAUAUUCAGAAUGUUGUCCACUAAUUCCUGCCAGACCACACUGGACAAUCUGACUCAUGUCUACAC